AUGGCAUCUCAAAGCUACAGCUCAACUGCACCAGCUGGUGGUAAACCACUCAUGCUGCAAACCGACACGACUCCCAACUUUGGUGACCCGAACUUCGACCCGGCCGAGUUCCUCAAUGAGACACUCUCACCCUUGACGGUGGCAUCGUCCCAGCCCAAUGCUACCCGGGCGCCGGGCUCCGUCUCCCUCACUGAGCUGUCGGCCCAGGUCCAAUCAUUGCUCUCGCAGAUCAGCGCCCAGAAUAUCCGACUAUCGAGUACAUUGUCCCAGCUCAGCGAUGAGAUUCUCCGCAGCGGUGGACGGCUAGCCUACGAGGUGGAAGUGCUACGCGGCGAGACAAUUGGACUGUCCGAGACCCUAACCGAGGUCCUGCGGGACGACAUCACCAAGUUCGUUCCAGAUCCACCAUCGGCCGCAAAGGCUUUCACGGCUGGACGCACGACAGAGCUUACGCAAGAGGCGACUGAGGAUACCACGGCUACAACGGAAGAGAAGGAAACGGCAGAGGAGCAGAAGGAUCUUGCGGUCGUGAACGACCCCGAAUACAUCACCAACCUCCGCACUCUCAAUCAAGUACGAUCCCGAUUAGAAGACGUUGUGCAGACCUUCGGCGAUGCAAUGGACUGGCCUCUCCCACCGUCCGAGAUAUCCUUCUCGUCGUCCUUUAUUUCCGUGUCUGGUCCUGAGCUGGGCGCCGAGAGCCACAGCCAAGAAGAGAAGGGACAGGAAAUGUUAAAGAAAUUACGGACCGAGAUAUCGGAGCUGCUGGAUAGCGAUGGGGGUGGCCGCAAUGGGCUGGAUGCAGCCACCCGUCGCCUGGAGGCUCUACGAACCUUGGCGGUGGUAUGGAAGGGCUCAGCGGAGGAGAAAGCGCGCCAGCGGUUUGUAGAUGCACUGACGAGGAUCGUGGACGAGCGACGGCGGAUAUUAGAGCACCAGCAGGCGAGGGCCGAGGAGAGCCAGCGAGGGCCCAGGUCGCGGACAGAACAGCGGCGGAAUAGCGAUAGUGGAGGCCCCGGGGGCGGCCUGUUCCGCAAUUUGCAGCGGCUCCGGGAGGAGAUUUACCUGGAGUAA